AUGCAUUUUGCACGUAUGAAAAUCUUCGGUUAGCUAGAUGUACUCGUAUGUAAGGUAUCCGAUUGCAAAACCUCUCCGGAUAAGGUCGUUAGAUCCACACAUACAAAUGACCGGACCUCGAUUUCGAAAAAUUAUUUCUGUACAGAUCAGUUGAACGAUUGUGAACUUGAUGCGAUAGUCAGUGUAAAUAUUGUUACUAAACACGAUGGCUGUGAGUGGUGUGCUUGUUGUAUAUACUUUACUAAUCGCCUCGUCGGUAUAUUUCGUUGGUGCAGCGUCGAAUGCUGGGGAGACAUGCCAACUAAACUUGAACGGAGAUUUGCCGAAACGAAACCAACCGAUAAUAUUAACGAAGCAGAAUAAAAGUUACGCUUUACUUAUACCAAAAGCUCAAGGAAAUAAAGGCUUCGUUGAACUUGAGAAAGGCGACAACAUAAAGCUAGUCUGUCCGGGAGAUAAAAAUCGUCUUCGUGAUACAAAAACAACGUCUGUGGAUACUAAAUGUCAAAAAGACAAAGAAUUCACGUCAAAUGCUAAUAAUAAUGCUGGCUCGUUCGCUAUUAAAGAUGCUUUAUGCGACUUGCCACCUAAGCCCGAUGUAAAAGAUACGAAAACACGUUGCUCACAAACUGGAAAAUUAUACGAAAUAGGAUUCCAGGCCGAAGGAUGGCAUCCUUUGAUAUCAGUCUGUCAUUUAGUCGACUCGGCUGAUACACUCUACACCAAACAUUUAGCUAUUGGUGCUGCGUUAAAAGGAGCAGAACGUGAAUCAUUUCGACCCAAAUUUGAAACUGGUUCAUUGAAUGAACUGUAUAAAGGAUUCGACCCAAAUAGUUAUUACGUUCAAAAAGCUCAAGACAGAAAUUUGGCCUGGGUUUUCAAAAAAUACUCUUCUGGAAACGAUAGUUAUUUAUCGCGAGGUCAUUUAGCGCCUGAUGGAGAUUUCCUAUUCGCAAGUUGGCAAUUUGCAACUUAUUUGUAUAUCAACGCAGCUCCUCAAUGGCAAAAAAUAAACGGAGGAAAUUGGCUAACAGUCGAAAAAUUUGUACGAAAAUUAGCGAUAAAGCUGAACACUGAUUUAGAAGUGAUAACUGGAACAAGCGGUGUCUUGGAAUUACCCGACGAUAAAGGAAAAUUACAGAAAAUCCACCUGAACGGAAAUAAAAUUCGAGUACCCGAGUACUUUUGGAAAUUAGUUUACGAUCCACAAACAUCCAGCGGCAUUGGCAUAAUCACCUCAAAUAAUCCGUACUUAGAAAAAACCGCCACGUUAAAAAUUUGCAAAAAUAUCUGUUACGAAAAUAAUUGGUUAAAUCAUAAUGCAACCAUUGAAUUCAAAGAUCCUUCUCAAGGUCUGACUAUUUGUUGCACUGUUAACGAAUUGAGAAAGGCUAUUCCCGAAGUACCUUUUGUUAACGUACAAGCAAUUUUAAGAGGACCAAAUUAAUUUGAAAUAGACCUACCUGGACAAAAAGAAAUGAAAAAUUUUGUUUA